AGCGCGCGCGUCAUCACGCACGUCGACGUCGCUUUGAAAAGUCAACUGUUAGCCAGGGGAAAGACAGAAGUCGGAAUGUGUUCAUGACAAACAAUUCGCAGACUUUAUGGCCGCUGAUCAGACGAGCUGUGAAACGUGCGCGCAGGAUCGACUAAGACUUAUCCCGCCGCCAGCUAAGCUAACCGCUACUGUCUCGUCAACAUUAGCUGCUAGCACUUAGCUUGUCUGUCCAUCACCUGUCUUACCUGUGGCGCUCACUCACCUGUGCACACCUCACCUGUGCAGGCGGCAUGGCCUUCCGGAGGAGCUGGUUCAGUUGGGACCGCUACAGCGACGUGGAUCUCUUCUCAGAGCGCCUGGACCGCACCAACAGCCUCUCUCAGGCCAUCAGAGCCGCAGCAGCCGAUGAGACUGACCCGGAGGGCAACGUCCUCUUUGGCCAGAUCCAAGGCACUGUCGUCGGCCUCAGAUAUUACAGCGGCGUGGUCAACCAAGGCGAAAUGGUCGGUUUGGUGCGCGAGCCCCAGAAUCCGUACGACCGCAACGCUGUGAUGGUGGCCAACAUCUACGGCAGUCAAGUGGGGCACAUCAGGCGGGACCUGGCCAACGCCAUGGCCCACGUCAUGGACAACAAGCUGGCCAAAGUGGAAGGGGUGGUGCACUCUGGGACAAAAAACAAGUUCUCCAUGCCAGUGGUGUUGUCCUUCUGGGGCAAAGAAGAGAACAAAAAUGGGGUGACUCAGUGUUUGGCACGUCACGGGUAUAAACUCAAUACAGGUGCAAGUCAGAAGGCAUACAGCUCAGGUGUUGGGAUGGCGUCUAAUAAAAAAGGUGUGACUGUCCCGCUAACAGCAGAGGAGCUGAAGAACGCCUUCGACAACCUCUUUGAAGGCCUGCUGGAAACUAAAGAUGGUGAAAAAGAAGCAGCUGAAUCUGUGGCCACGCCCCUCCUGUCCCACCAGAGGCAGGCGCUGUCCUGGAUGUGCGCGCGCGAGAACAAGUGCACCCUCCCGCCUUUCUGGGAGAAGAGAGGCGAGCUCUACUACAACACCCUGACGUGCUUCUCCGCCAAGGAAAUACCAGAGCGGGUCCUCGGCGGGAUACUGGCCGAUGACAUGGGACUGGGGAAAACGCUGACAACCAUCGCUCUGAUUCUCUCCAACCACCGCCAAGGAAAGCCCCUCCCCGUGUACAAGCGUGAGGAGCGCUCGUGGCAAAGAAAAGCUGACUCAGCCGGAUCCAGCGUCACCGCCGCUCACUGUCUGCGCUCAAACAGGGCCCAAAUGGAGGAGCUGUGUGUCCCCAUGUCCACUGUAAUGGACACAGCCAAGGUGUCAGAGAAAGGCAAGAGAAGCACCAAAACCGGCAAGCGGAAGCUGGAUUCCCCGCUGCUGCUGGAGGAUGCGGACUUUGCCUCGGCCUUGUGCGGCGACCCGUCAUCUGCCUCUCUGUCCAGCAAGAAGAAGAAAAAGAAGAAGGCCGGUGCCAGUCAGGCUGCUGAUUCCUACGUCACAGACACCCCCAGCGAGUCCAUAUCAGCGUCGGCGACUCUGAUCGUGUGUCCACUGUCAGUGCUCAGCAACUGGGUGGAUCAGUUUGAGGAGCACGUGCGAGCCGACGUGAAGCUGAAAGUCUACAUGUACCACGGACAGGACCGCAACAGGAGCACCAAGUUCCUCUCCUCUCAGGACGUGGUGCUCACCACCUACAAUAUUCUCGCCGCCGACUUCACGGGCAAGAACAAGAGUCCCCUGCAUGACAUCAAGUGGUUGCGGGUGGUGCUGGACGAAGGACACGUGGUGAGAAACCCCAACGCGCAGAUGAGCAAGGCAGUGCUCGACCUCAAAGCUGAGCGCCGCUGGAUUCUGUCUGCUGUACUUUGCCGAGUAUUCUUUGACUUGCUAGACAGACAGCCACAUUCUGGAUCUUUCCACCUUGGCGGAGGCACGCCAAUCCAGAACAGCGUGAAGGAUCUGUGGAUGCUGCUGGCCUUCCUGCGCCUCAAGCCCUUCGACGUGAGGGAGUGGUGGAACCGAGUCAUCCAAAGACCCGUGACCCACGGAGACAGGACUGGCAUACAGAACCUUCAGACCCUGGUGAAGUGCAUCACGCUGCGACGCACCAAGUGCAGCGAGGUGAACGGGCGCCCCCUGGUGACGCUGCCUGAGAAGUGCGUGUGCGUGGAGCAGGUGGAGCUGAGCGCUGCCGAGCGGGAGGAGUACGAGCUGGCGCGCAACGAGGGACGACACACCAUUAGCAGAUACGUGGCCGAAGGGACGGUGUUGAGGAAUUACGCCGACGUCCUGGCCAUCCUGAUGAGGCUCCGACAGCACUGCUGCCACCCUGACCUGCUGGCACACACCUCCACCGACUCAGACGUUGCAACCACGCCUGCCGAGCUGCGAGAGCGCCUGAUUGCCAAGCUCCGUGUGGUUCUGGCCAGCGGCUCGGACGAGGAGUGCUCCGUGUGUCUGGACUCUGUGCGCCUGCCCGUCAUCACGCACUGCGCCCACGUCUACUGCCGGCCCUGCAUCGCCCAGGUCAUCGGGACGGAGCAGGAGAGCGCUCGCUGUCCUCUGUGUCGGAGCGACAUCAAGAUCAGCGAGCUGGUGGAGUUCCCGCAGGAGGAGGCGGGGGAGGAGAGCAGUGGGAGUCCCGGGAAGUGGAGGAGCAGUUCAAAGGUACACGCGCUGAUGGCAAACAUGCUCAGGCUGCAGAGAGAAGACAGCAGCAUCAAAUGUCUGGUCGUCUCGCAGUUCACUCGCUUCCUCAGCAUCCUGGAGACGCCGCUCAGGGAGCACGGCUUCCGCUUUGUGCGCCUGGACGGGACCAUGAGCCAGAAGAAACGCACUCAGGUGAUUCAGGACUUCCAGAGUGUCUCCGCCAGCAGCCCCACCGUCAUGCUGCUGUCACUCAAAGCUGGAGGGGUGGGGCUUAACCUGACAGCCGCCUCACACGUCUUCCUCAUGGACCCAGCGUGGAACCCAGCCACUGAGGAGCAAUGUGUCGACCGCUGCCAUCGUCUGGGCCAGAAGAGGAAGGUCUUUGUCACCAAAUUUAUCGUGAAGGACUCCGUGGAAGAAAACAUGGUGAAGAUUCAGAAGCAGAAGCAGGAUUUAGUGGAGUCGGCCUUGGGCUCCACCGGCCCCGGCAGGAAGACGUCGCGCAUCAACGACAUCAAGGCGCUGAUGGAGUUGUAGUCUUCGGGUUUUUGUUUUUAAUUUUUACAACUUGUUGGUAGUUUGGAUGUUCUUGCGUUUGUGUUUAGGAUAGAUUCUCCACACUGAUGCUAAAAAAAUAUCAUUUGGUUGUUCCACAUUCGAUAGUCCGCUUCAGACGUGUGUGGGGUAUACAUUCCUGCUUUAUAAAACAACCAUUUGGAAGAAACAAAAACACCAUUUCAUUUCUUUUGGACUAUGUGGAAUGUUCAAACAAAUUCAAUGUCAGCAUUUUCAUCUGCUUUUAGAAUACAAACAUUGCAA